CAAGCGAGCAGGAAAAGGCCACGUCUCCCACAGCCCCUGCGGGAGCAGCGGGAAGCAGCGCUGACCGGUUCCCUGUGGUGGCAGCUCGCUCCCCAGCCACCCUCCCCUGGGAGCCCCGGGGAAGUGGCCAGUCCUCCAAGCACUGCCCUUUCCUUCAGGAAGGUCACUUGGUCCUGGGCGCAGGAGGUUCUGCCUGAGGCUGGGAGGUGCUGGGCUACGCAUGAGGCGGGGAGCCCUGAAGAGGAGCUUCUGCCUGGUCGGCACCACAGUCUUCAUCUCUUCAUCAUGCGACACAAAGCCUUUUGGAGUGCCCUGGAGUACACCUGCCGAUUGCUGGGCAUCUCCACCGCAGCAGUGCUGAUCGGUGUGGGAGUAGAAACUCUGCAGCGAGGACAGUUCAAAAGCCUGGCUUUCUAUCUGAUUUUUUCAGGAGUCGCCGUUACUGCCUGUGAAGGCGGCUUCUUUAUCAGUUUGUUCCUGGAGAUGUGCUUCACAUACGAGCCCGACUCCCUGGCCCAGGCCUGCUGGAAGCAAGCUAGAUGCCCAGGGAGCUUCCAGAAAUUCCUGGGGUACACACUGCUCUCAGUGGCUUGCUUCCUGCAUCCCGUCCUCGUCUGGCAUGUCACCAUCCCUGGCUCCAUGCUGGUGCUCACCGCCCUGGCCUACUUCCUGCUGAGCAAGAGGAGGAAGAGCCCAGGGCACAAAGAGACGCAUCCCCAGGCAGGCCAGUACGUAGACCCUUCAGCCACCGUGGCAGCCUCAACCAUCGCUGGUGACACUGAGCAGACGUAUACCUUCCACAGGGCCCAGAGGGAGCAGCACCACUCGCUGCUGGGCCACAUGAAGAGCAUCCUGAAGGCCAGCAAGGACAGGAGCAUGGCCCCAGUAGCUCCUGCCCAAACAGCAGCCCCGCCAACCCCACGCAAGCAGGUGCACUUUCAGGAGAAGGUGGUGCAGAUCAUCCCCUCUGUCAGUGAGAGCUUGGAGGAUGUGGAGAGUGAGGCUCAAGAGACCACGUCGGACACAACACCCAUCCUCACACCCCCCGAUGCCCCCGUCAUCCUUGCUCCCCUCAGCUCCACAGGCCUCUUUUGAGCACUCAGAAGGAACGAGAAUGGGACAGACCUGCUACCCCUGGCACUGGCAUCUCUCCCAGCUGCUCCAGCAGUGAAAGGGCCCUCUUUGCCCUCCCUGCCUCCAGGGUGACAACUGUGUCACCCCCUCUUCAAGGGGCUGCCUGUACUACAUGGUCCCACACCCUGUGACGGGGCCGGUGGCAGUGCACAGCCCCUGCAGUGCCAUGCCCUGGGGACAGGCAGUGGUUCAGCCAGGGCAGGAAACUUUCUGCUCGCAUGUCCUCAUGCCUGGGCCACACCUCUGUUACGACACUACACACCACAGCAGCUGCUCCCGCCUAACAUCACAGCUAUGGCACGUGCCCCCCAUGAGGCAGCAGCAGGCAGGAGGAGAGGAGACCACCAUGCCCCCAGAACAGCUUCUGCUGGGGUCAGCUGUCUCCCUUCUGCCCUUGCUGCAGGCUGAAGAGCUCAGGGCUGGGACACAUUCAAGUAUGGGGCACUGCAGCCUGCAUGUUCCCUCACAGCUUCUGCACCAGCUGCAGCAGGCCCAGAGUACCAAAAUGUCAUUUCAGAGACAGGCUGAGACCAAGUGCAUCCCUGGGGCUAGCACUCGCUGAGUGCCCUCCCCUGAGAUACACUCUGAGCCCAGCAGGGAAAUCACCUCUGGCCUUGGCUCUUGGGGACACCUACGCAGGAGCAGGGAGGACCCUGGGUCUUCCUGGUGUCCCCUGCCUUCACAACCAUCGAGUCAGAAGAGCUUUGGGAUGGCGUAGCAGCUCAGGUCAUGAGAUUCAGCACCGAGCUGACACAACAGACUGUGUGUAACUCCCAGUGUAUGUUAAUUAUGGGCCCCAGAGGGCAAGGCAAUAAUAAAGUUACAAAGCUGUCCCACCA